ACCGGCGUCACUGAGGGGAACUGCAGCUGCAACGGAACAGCUCGCGGAGCGGCUCCAAACCUCUUCUGAGACAACACACACACACACAUUUCCUUCUUGCUCAACGCCUAAUUUCCACUUCUCUACAAGCGACAUUUCUUAUUUUUCCCCCUCUUUUUGGACCGUUAUUCAACUUUUCACCAUUGAGCGCAAGUCUGAGCCGGUGAGCUUCAGCCGCAGCAGCAGUAAGCUAACGGACCUUUUAGGAAGCUAAAAGUUUCUGUUUUUUUUUUUUGUUGUUGUUGUUGCUGUUGUUCCACCGACUUCUUCAUAGUCGGGCGUUAGAGGAUGACUUCGGUGUGGAAAAGAUUACAGCGAGUUGGUAAAAAAGCUUCAAAGUUUCAGUUUAUUGCGUCUUACCAGGAACUGCUCUUGGAGUGCACCUCGAAAUGGCAACCAGACAAGCUGAGAGUGGUGUGGACCAGGAGGAACAGACGCAUGUGUUCCAAGCUCCACAGUUGGCAGCCUGGAAUCAAAAACCCCUACAGGGGCAUGGUGAUGUGGCCUGUCCCAGAGAACAUCGACAUCUCUGUUACACUCUUCAAGGAGCCAAAUGCACAGGAGUUUGAAGACAAGGAAUGGACAUUUGUUAUUGAGGGUGAGAACAAGGGGCAUCGUAAGGUGCUGGCAUCAGCAGACAUCAACCUGAAGCAGUUCGCUAGUCCCACACACACCCAGACUGACCUGACACUGAAACUGAAGCCAUUGUCUGUCAAAGUGGUGGAGGCCACGCUCAAGCUGUCAUUGUCCUGCAUCUUUAUCCGUGAAGGAAAAGCCACGGACGAAGACAUGCAGAGUCUGGCGAGUCUGAUGAGCGUUAAACACACUGAUGUCGGCAACAUGGCCGACUUCAACGAGAGCGAUGAAGAGGAGGACAAGAAGUCUACUGCUGCUAUAGUUCCACAUGUGCUAACACGCCCAAAUCGCCCUGCUCCCCCUGUACCUGACAAGGCAAACCCUCCUGGACCCCUUAAUCCAGCCCCAGCAUGUGGACGAGAGGGUGGAAAACGAGGGUCUGGUCCUCCUAGUCCUGCCAUCCUAACCCGCCCUCCUCUACCUAUUGCACCUCGUCCCUCUCCGCGUCGUUGCCGACACACCUUUUCUACCAUGCCCAACCAAACAGAAACUCAUCCUUCACCUGUCCCGUCCCCUCAGCCCUCUCCCCGCUUAAAGCAUAAAAAGUCACAGUCUGAGGCUUGUGCUUCAGUCAAUCCACCUCCGUCACCCAAGAGCACUUGUGCCACUUCUUCUACACCUCCUUCAUUAGUCCAGACUUUAUCUUCUGUGAUGACUGCGUCUGAUAUGGGCCCUGAUAAUCCUCCAGUACCUGAAUCCACCAAGACGCCCAUAUCUACACCUUCCUCUAACAACACCUCUGUGUCUCCAUGUGCGACGGUUUCUUCAGCUCAAUCAUCCAACACCUCUGUAAUGCUGUUUACUUUCCCAGUUGCCUCAUUGCAACCUUCUUCAUCAGGACCCUCCAUUCCCCAUGACUCUGUCCCAUCCAGGUGCUAUGAGCCUACAUCAGAUCCAAUUUCUAAGCCCCCCACCUUCUCAAAAACAAACAAAACCACAAUAUCUCCCACACUUCCCUCUCCUGUGUUGCCAUCAUCUGAGACUUUACAAUUGCUAAACCCCACGGCUUCCCAAAAGGAAGUGUCCACUGGGCCAGCUAUUAACCAUAAAUCCCUCUCCACCGCCUCCCAGCAUCUUUCUUCCAAAAGUCCUCCUACAUCUACCCCCUCCUUUGAGAUCCCAUCCACACUACCUCCUCUCACCCGGACCCUGUCUCAGCCUCCCUCUCUGCCCAGAAUCUUCCAGUCAGGCUCAGGAAAAGUUCCUGUUUCAUAUCAGCGGCACACCCCCGAGGUUCAGUCUGCUGAUGAGCCAACAUCAGUCACUGUCCAUUCUCAUAUAUUCAGACCUCAGAUUGUCAAGUCAAUUGCCCGGCCCUCUUCUCCCUCUCCCUUUUCCUCUGAUGCCCCUCUCUUGGUUUCAACACUACCACUCCCAAAAUCAGCCCAUUCUAGCACUAAAUCAGUAAAGCAGGGGACAUGGCUGGGACCUGACUCCACACUGGUUGGUGAAGACAUCACCCCUGUUCCUCUAUUGACACGUCCUGAUCUCGAUGCUCUGUGUGAUCCUGAGGCUCCUGCAUUUCAAGCCUCCCUUGCACUUUCAUCUCCCCCUCGCUCUUCUUUUCUUUCGACCUCCAGUGCUAUCACUCACCCUUUCCUCUCUGUUUCCCAUUCUGCUCCUCCUGCUCAGCUCAGCACCUCCAAGACAGGGUCAGUCCUACCCCUCACACAAGCAGAGAAGGAAAUGGCCAAAAAUACAUCUCCAGUUGCCAGGCAUGAUGAAAUUUCUCCUCAAAAUACCCAGGCUGUGGCUAACAUCAAAGUAGCAGAACUGGUCAAAACAACCCAGGACUCAAAGGCGUCAAUCACAGAAAGAAAUGAUGGAACAGGAUGGACCAGUCCAGGCCAAUCCUGUUCAGAGCUGAUCAUAGCCCCACCCCCUCCAUGGCCUUUCUCCUGCUCUGAGAGCUCCACCCCCCAACAGCCAUCCACAAAUGUAUUGGCGGCGUUUAUCACUCCUAAACAGCCAAAUCCUGAACGAGAAAUGGGUGUGAAAAGGCCAGCCAUGGAAACUAAAAGUAAAAAUAACCCGUUUCUGGCUGAAAAGGUUGAGUCUGAUUUUGGAGGUUUGUUUGUGGAAGAGGAUGAUUCUAAACGGGACACUAUCAAAAGGUGUCCACCAGGUUUUGAGCAAAACAACCAUGAAAACGCCCCUGGAAAAAAGUCAUCAGUUAGAGAUUGUUUAGAGCCAGGGCCAAUGGAGAAAAGGGUGAUGAAGGAAGAGCAGGAGAAGAAAAGAGACAAAGAGGAGGAAAACGUUCUUCAGAAACCAGACGGGGAAAGGACAUGGAAUGAGAAGGUGCAGAGUGCAAAGCUCAUGGACACAGAGAGCAAUAUCUUAAUGCAGGAAGACAAGAAAAGAACAAAACACCAGGAGGAGAAGAGACAGAAGGAAGAGGAGGUCAAGAAGGAGAAGGAAAGGAGGAAGCGUGAGGAGGAAGAGAGCCUCUUGAAAGAGAAGAGAAAGAAACAGGAGCAGUUGAGAGAUAAGCAGGAGAGGAAGAAGCAGGAUGAGGAAGAGAGAAUAAAAAGAGAGCAGGAGAGGAUAGAGAAAGAAUUGGAGGAGGAAAAGGAGAAACUCAGGAAACUUGAGCAUGAGAGAUUACUGAUAACGAUAAAAGAGGAGAAAAGGAUGAAGGAAAUAAGAGUGACUGAGGAGCAAAGAAAUACGAAGGAUCAAAAAUGGGUCCAUGAAGAGGAGGAAAAGCAGAAGACUGCAGAGAAAGAGAGAGAACAUCAGAUAGAGGAGAAAAAAGUUCUGCUGGAUGAAGGGAGGAGGAAAUAUGAAGAUCCUUUACUGAAGCAGGACAAAGAGGGAAGGAAAAAAGGAUCAGAGGAGGAGAGAAUGAGGAUAGAGAAGGAAGAGAAGAGAGUAAAAGAAGCUGAGGAUGAAAGACAGAGAGAGGCCGAAGAACAGCAGAGAUUGUUGAAAGUGGAGAAGGAGGAGGAAAGAUUGAAGGAGGAGACAGAGAAGAAGAGAUUCCUAAAUGAAGAAAGUGACAGAUUGGAGAAGAGGAAAAAAGAAGAAACUGAGAGACAGAAGACAGAGGAGGAGAGAAAACGUGUUGAAGAGGAGGAGAAAGAGAAAGCAAAAGAACGUAUACUGAAGGAGCAGGCAGAAAAAGAGAGAAUGAAAAAGGAGUUGGAAGAAAGAAAGAAAAAUAUAGAAGAGGAGAGGCAGAAAAGAGAAGAGGAGAAAAGAAAAGCAACAGAGAGAAUCAAUAAGGAGCAGAAAGAAAAAGAGAAAAAGCAAAGGGAAGAGGAAGAAAGGAAAAGGAUAGAAGAGGAGAGGCAGAAGAGAGAAGAGGAGAAAAGACGUGUUGAGGAGGAGAAAAUAAAAGAGAAAGAGAGAAUGCAAAGGAUUGAGGAAGAGAGAAAGAAAAUAGUAGAAGAGGAAGAGAGACAGAAGAGAGAAGAGGAAAAAAGACAUGUUGAGGAGGAGAAAAGAAAAGAAAGAGAGAGAAUGCAAAGGAUGGAGGAAGAGAGAAAGAAAAGGGUAGAAGAGGAGGAGAGGCAGAAAAGAGAAGAGGAGAAAAGAUGUGUUGCAGAGGAGGAGAAAAGCAAAGCAAAAGAGAGAAUCAAUGAGCAGAAAGAAAAAGAGAAAAAGCAAUGGGAAGAGGAAGAAAGAAAGAAAAGGAUAGAAGAGGAGAGGCAGAAGAGAGAAGAGGAGAAAAGACGUGUUGCAGAGGAGAAAAGAAAAGAGAGAGAGAGAAUGCAAAGGAUGGAGGAAGAGAGACAGAUACAACUGAAAGAAGAAAGGGAGCGUCAACUGCAAGAGGAAAAACAAAGAGAACAAAGACAGGAAGAAGAGAGAUUACUGAAAGAGGAUUUGGAGAAAAAGAAAAAGGAGAGCCAAAUGAAGAAAAGAGAAAAAGAAGAGAAGCCUGUGACUGAGGAGAAAAAGGAAGCAGAAAGGAAAAUGAAAGAGGAAGAGCAGAGGAAAAAACAAAUGGAAGAGUUGGAAGGAAGAAGGAAAGAGGAGAGGAGAGUCGGGGAGGAGGAAGACAGGAGGAGGAGUAAGAAACAAGUAGCUCCACUGUGCAGUCUGGAGGCCAACAGGUCGGAUGAGGACAAGCAGAAAAUGAGGAGUCUGUCUUCAGCCUCUUCCUCUACAAACACACAAAAUGACGUCUCACGUACGCCUCCGUCAAUCUUCAAACCUGAUUUAACACAGCCCACCUCCUUCAUUGUUACUGCUCCCCACCUCCCUCUUGUGGAAAAAAACAGUAUUACAACAGAGCACCAGGUUCAAGACAUUCUCAGCCAAUCACAACCCAGAAAGGCACAAUCCAGAGAGAACACAGUGUCAUCAGCUAAUAAACUCACUCUCACCUCCGUAAACCAAAAUCAGUGUCUUGUGCCGCCCUCGACCUUAAAGGAAGGUUUAAUGUCAAACACAGAAAUUAAAAUAUCUGAUGUACGUACACCGCCUGACAUCCCAUCAGGCGCCAGUGGUCGGUCGAACACUCAGAAUAAACAAAUCAAGAUAGAGGUCUUGACCUUAGUGCCACCCCCUGAGAGGAGGAUGAGUGAAGCAGAAACACCUCUGUGGAAAGUCCUUGAAGGGAGAAUUGGGAAAGAUAAGCCUGAACAGAUCUCUGCCAAGGAUAUUAUCUCUCAAGAAUACACAAAACCUUUGUGCAGAGGGGUUUUUCUGUUUGUUUGUCCUAGUUUCCACAGUGAAGAUGCUGCAGAGGCAGGCGCUCCUCUCAAGCAGGAGCCAACCACAGAAAAAGAAGCACAUCACAUAGUCCCACCUCCUGCCCAGCCUGGUGCACCACCAGUGGAAGAGGAGCCCAAAGAACCCAAGAGACCCAGUGCAGAACAAGCAGUCUCACUGGAGUUUUCUGCCAAACAAGGCAAUGAGCACGCGGUUUUGGAUUUGGCGCCAUUGCUGCCCUCAAAACCAGAAGCAGAACAGCAACUGGAACAAGUCCUCCAGGCAUCAGGGAAACCACAGCAGGAGGGAGAAGAGGAGGACAAACUGGUUGAUGGCAGGGCUGGUGGUCAGGAGAGUUUCAUCGACACUAAGAAGCCAGAGUGUGAGGUAGAAAAGCAGCUGUGGACCGCUGUGGAGGAGACCACAGGAGCGGAAAGAGAGAUGGAAAGGAUCAAGAAUGCUGAAGAAGAGGAGGAGGAGAUGGGUGAUGUCAUAGACUGGACGAAAGCCCAAUCGAUCAACCUUCUCGACAAUGGAGAGAAAAAGCCUCCAUUACAGUCUGAACAUCCAAGAAAACCAGCUGCUGACACAAACAUCUCCAAGACACCGACAGCAGAGGUCCCAGACAAAACCACCAACAUACUUCCAGUCCAACAAGAGGAAGUGACCUCCGAACUUGAAAGCCCCAAUCCUACUACAGCAAUCAGAGAAGAGGCUGACGAGAAGGAUGACACAGCUGAGGAUUUGGUCAACUCCAGCCAGUCACUACUCCAGUGGUGUCAGGAAGUGACCCGAGGAUAUCAGGGUGUAAAGAUCACUAACUUCAGCACUUCAUGGAGAAACGGCCUGGCUUUCUGUGCCAUCCUACAUCAUUUCCAUCCAGACAAAAUAAACUUUGAUCAGUUGGACCCUCAUGACAUCAAGGUCAACAACAAGAAGGCUUUUGACAGUUUUGAGGCUCUGGGCAUCUCUCGUCUGUUGGAGCCGUCCGACAUGGUCCUUCUGUCUGUCCCCGACAGGCUCAUCAUCAUGACCUACCUCUGUCAGAUCCACUCGCAUUUUACCAACCAAGAGCUGAGCGUGCUGCAAAUAGAGCACAACAACAGCCAGUCGAGCUACGGCCUCACGCCGUCUGGACCGGCUCCAACCAACAUCGACGCUGCUGCUUUCUGCAUGGCCAGACUGAAUGAAGGGGCAGAAGUAAGUCUGGAGGAAGGAGGGAGCAGCAUGCUGGUCAUUGCACCACCAAGGACAAAACGAGUGGCUAAAGUUCCUGUACCGCCACCGAGGUUGGCUGCAAAGGCAGGCAAAUCUGCACUGACUCAGAAUGAAGAAAGGAUGACAACCUUUGCAGCAGAAAACACGACCAACACAGAAUUACAAAAACCAGCUGAAACCCAGCGCACCAAGCAGGAAGCGGAGACAAUGUGUCUGCAGGACACCAGCCAGUAUGUGUUGAGUGAGAUGGCUGUGUUGGAGACAGAGCAGAAACACAUUGACAGCAGAGCUGCUGUGGUGGAGAGGCGACUGCGAAGCCUCAUGGAAACAGGAAGUGACCGUGAUGAAGAAGAGAGACUGAUCCAGGAGUGGUUUAUGCUGGUCAACAAGAAGAAUGCUCUGAUACGCAGACAAGACCACCUGGAACUGCUACAAGAAGAGCAGGAUCUGGAGAGGAGAUUUGAGCUUUUGACCAGAGAACUACGAGUUAUGAUGGCUAUAGAAGAUUGGCAGAAGUCGCCCUCUCAGCACCAGAGGGAGCAGCUCCUCCUCCAAGAGUUGGUGUCUUUUGGUCAACCACGAGAUGAGAGUCGAGACAUUGAUGCCAAAGAGAGAGGGGCGCUCGAGGAGGAUGAGCGUUUGGAGCGCGGUUUGGAGAUGAGGCGGAGGAAAUACAGCAACAAAGACAAAUGCGUGAUACAGUGAGGAGCUCGACACAGACCGGUUAUUAAAAGCGCCUUUCUUUUCCUGAACUCUUUGCGACCCAUCAUCAUGUGACCCCAAAGAAACCUUCCUGACGGCAGGUUCAUUGCUGUAAAUUCUGACUACUUUUAAAGCAUUUUAUGCAUUAAAAAAAAUGUUCAUGUCAGUGUUUUAUUUCAAGUCUGUUUCAACGUGAGAGUACUAUUUUGAAUUUAGGCGAGUGUUUUUAUUUAUUUACUGACGUGCUGUUUAUCUUUUGCACAUGCAAUGUUUGUGACUUUUACUGUAUUUUGAAACUUUGCAUUCUCUUGAAGAUGAAGAGAGUUUGGAUGAAUUUGUGCCACAUGCCUUAUUGUUCUUAUCUUGAAAUUACUUAGACAUUAUUAUUAAUAUUUGUUGUAGACAUUUCCAAUAUGCAAAGACAAAAAGUAGUGUGAAAACAUUUGAGGAAAAAUAAUAAGAAUAACAAUGAUAAUAAUGUCAUGAGCUGGACUCAAAUCUGCAAAACAACGAUGAUUGACGAUGACCCCCGACGUCACAUCUUGAGAAUGAGAGAAUUUCAACUCCAUAUUACACUGGAUUGCAUCAGUUUUAUUUUGCUAGAUGUUGAAACAUUUCAUUAAAUUAAAGAGUUGUAGCACCUUGUGUGCACACAAAGGAUGCUUGAUGUGUUUUCCAGAAUAGUACAUUUUGUUUUUUUAUAUAUAUAUAUUUAUACGUUGUCACUGAAUGCCUUGAAUCUAAAAUGGUUAUGUAUGUAUGUCUGUUUGGUUUCCUGAAGUGACAGUUCCUCUGUACCGUGCAGUUUGACUGCCCAUGCAGUAUGCAUGCUUUUUUUGGGUGUAUUGAUGAAGUGCCAAUUUAUGACAAUUCACAACAAAAUCUUUUUAGAAGCUGGAGGUUGAUGUAAUAAAUUUGAUGAAGAUUAAUGUAAA